AACAGAGCACCAGCCCGUCUCCUUGAGUGACAGGGAAUGACUCCAGUAGACCAGCAUACAUCUCACUCACACGACGUAUUGAUAUUGUAAAGAUAAACGUAUUACUCAGAUCGACGUAUACACGCGCACGCGCAUCUCGACCUCGGACCCCUUCAGCUCCAUUCCAUGGGUAUCUGCUCGUCGUGCCUGGGAGGGCGGGCUUCCGAAGAUCAGUCGGAUACUUCGCACUUACUGGGAGACCAGUACCAGCCCAACUAUGGCACCUCCAGCAGCAACCACAACGUGCCCCAGCCGGAUCCAGAGGAGCUACGCCGGCAACGAGAGAAUCUGGAGCGCAUUUGUGCUGAGACCAAUGAGCAACUAAUCCCCGUCUCACAACCGAGCGCCCUCCCCGAAGUCAGCGAACAGCCCAAGAACGACGAAUACGCCCAUCUCUUCAAUGAACGCUUCAAGUCGAUCCGCAGAGAUGGUCGUCCUCCCUCCGCUGGCGACAACGACGAGGAUGAGACCAACUGGCUAGAGAGCGCUGUGGGCAGCCAAGGAGAGGAGGAGCUGGACCAGAUCAAGCCGGCCAAGGGCAAGCUCACGAUUCAGUUUGGUCAACGGUAGACACACACAUCCUUUCUAGGCUGAGGCUUGUCGCAUCUUUUUAUUGCUUGUUCUACUCUGCAUUGUCAAGCGCCCGUUACGGAUACCCAUAAUCUUCUCUUUUUGCCACUCGCAUGCUUGCUCUCUCAUCACCACUGUCUUUCUUAAUGCUAGCAUAGACAUGUCUGUACAAUUUCAUCUGAUGUUUGCGCGUCUUCC